AUGCGACAGCUGAGACCGGGGAUCAAGAUGAUGAAGACCAUGUCAAAUCAGCAAGCCGCCGAGACCAAUUACGCUGACGAAUUCCCGCAGAAGGCUCUCUGCGCCUAUGUGGUUCAGAGGAACGUGACCUGUGUCCUGCAGGAGGGAGCAGAGAGCUACAUAAAGGCUGAGUACCGGCAGUGCGGACGGGGCCCCAAGUGCCCUGGGACAGUCACGUACCGCACGGUGCUCAGACCCACAUACAAGGUUGGCUACAAGACCAUGACACAUGUUGCCUGGCGUUGCUGCCCUGGCCUCACUGGACAAGGCUGCCCUGAGCAUCUCAUGGGCCACAGGGCCACCCCACCUCAGCUGGAGCCUGAGCCCCAGAUUCCUUCAGCGCAGCUGGACCCCGGUUCCCGGCCUGCUCCUUCCAGCAGGGUGGUUCCCAGCCCACACGGAAGGAAAGGCCCAGGGCUGAUAGGUGAGCGGCUGGCACGCCUGGAGGGUGAUAUCCAGCGCCUGGCACAAGCAUAUGGUGCCCUCAGUGGCCUGGCGGCCAGCCAUGAGGAUCCCAACAGGAUGACUGGUAGCCCCAAGGCUCCUGCUACCCCUGUAGGCUUUGGGGUCAUCCCGGAGGGGUUUGUGCGCCCCGGAGACAGGGCUGGAGGGCCACUCACACCUGCCCUGGACGAGAUCUUGAGCAAGGUGACAGAGGUGAGCAACACACUCCAGACCAAGGUGCAGCUGCUGAACGAGGUGCGCCAGCUGGCCCUGGACCACGAGGCCCACCUGCAGCGACUGCGGGAGGCUCCCCCAUCUCCUCUCACCUCCCUGGCCCUGCUAGAUGAAUACGUGGACCAGCGGCUACACAGAUUCUGGGGGAGCCUCCUGGAUGGCUUCGAGCAGAAGCUGCACGACGUGCAGAGCGUGUGUGACCUGCGUGUGCAGGAGGUGCGGCAGCAGUGUGAGGAGGGCCAGGCGGCCAGCCGGAGGCUGCACCAGAGCCUGGAUGGCCGGGAGCUGGCCCUGCGCCGGGAGCUCUCCCAGCUGGGUACCCAGCUGCAGGGCCUGAGCGUGGCUGGCGGGGGCAGCUGCUGCAGCCAGGUGGCCUUGGUCAGUGCCCGCGUGGACAGUCUGGAAAGGAACUUGCAGGCUGUCGCGGAGACACAGAGGGGCCCCGGCCCCCUCACCAGAGAUGAGCUCACACAACUCUCUGCCGCCAUGCUGGAAGGGGGCGUGGACGGACUGCUGGAAGGCCUGGAGACCCCCAACGGGACGGAGAACGCGGGGAGGGGCUGCUGUCUGGGGGUGCAGGAGGGGGGGUGGGGAGUGAGCGGCUUCAGAAACACGUUGGAAGAGCGUGUGCACAGCCUAGAGGAGCGCUUGGUGACUCUGGCCAGGGAGCUGGGCCUCGACAGCACCCCGCCAGGCAGGGCGGCACGGCCCCUCGUGCAGACAGAGCUGGCCGUCCUGGAACAGCGGCUGGUUUCCCUGGAGACCUCGUGCACCCCCAGCACCACCUCAGCCAUCCUGGACAAUCUCGUGGCGGAGGUGAAGGCCUGGCAGAGCCGGAGCGAGGCGCUCUCACGCCAGGUUGCCAGCCACGCCACCCUGCUGCAGCAGCUGAAUGGCACCGUGGCUGAGGUCCAGGGGCAGCUGGCAGAAGCGGCAGGGAGUGCUCUCCAAGGCGAGAUCACCCUCCUCAAGGUCAAUCUGAACUCAGUGAGCAAGUCACUCACGGGCCUCAGUGACGCCGUCAGCCAGUAUUCUGAUGCCUUCCUGGCCGCCAACACCUCCCUGGAAGAGCGGGAACGCAAGGUGGAGGCCGAGGUCCACGCCAUCCAGGAGCAGGUCAGCAGCCAGGGCUCGAGGCUCCGGGCUGGCAGCAGGCACGUCCUGAGCCUGCGCGGGGAGCUGGAGCAGCUCAAGGCCGGUGUGGCCGACGUGGCCGUUGGGCUGAGCCGCUGCCAGGACACCGCGCGGGAAUUCCAGCACGCGGUGGGCCACUUCGACCAGAGGGUGGCACAGGUGGAAGGGGUGUGCGGGAGGCUGGGCCUGCCGGCCGAGGGCCCGGACAGCUCGUCCCCAGAGUCACUCAGGCCCGGGGGCGGCCUGUGGGGCCACGUGGACCAGCUGAACCGCACGCUGGCCCAGCACACUCAGGACAUCGCCCGGCUCCGGGAUGACCUGCUGCAGUGCCGGGCCCUGCUGGCUGAGCAGGCACAGCCAGGGCAGGAUGGCUGGGUGAGCCAGGGAGGACCCAACCCUCAGGCCCCGCCUUUGCUGGGGACCUCGCCCUGAGGCCUAGACCUGGCCUCGCCUCCUCUGGCCAGCG